AGGAGGAGGAGGAGGAGGAGAAAAAGAAGGAAAGGGGAAGCGGGGUUUUAAAGGACUUGAUUCCAUGUAAGCGAUCCUAUGGCAGAAAGGGGGGGAAGAGAGAGAGGGAGCGCGCGCGCGAGCGAGAGAGGAACUUGCGAGCCCGGCCAGGGGGUGGGGAGAGUGAAAGUUCCACUCUUGCAAGUGCCGCGUCUCUCACACAAUAGAGGCGCAAAGUUUGACGGUCGGAACUCGGGGACUUACAAACAAACCCGGAGCCCAAAGGUGGGGCGUCGGCGCGGGCGCUGCGUGGGAGCCACCCUCGCGCGCGAAGCUUCUCCGGCUCCAUGGGCGCCCCGGCCGGGACAGGGGCAGCCGCGCUGACCUAGCCCCGGGGCUUUCGUUCGGAAGGCAGCCGUUCGAGCUCGCUGUGGUUGGCCGCUCCCUCGCGGAGCCCUUUCCCCAUUGGCGCCGAGCGUCGCUGGCUCCCGCGCGCCCCCCGACCGCCUCCCCCUCGGUGUUUUACACCCCCCCCCGGCGGUGCCUGCGGGGCGCCGGGUCCGGACGGCUGCCCCCUUUCGGCCAGGGUAGCUACGAUAAGAGGGCCGGCGGCGACGGCAGGAGGGCCUUCCCGGACGCGCCACCAUGUCCAUGCUGCCCACUUUUGGCUUCACCCAGGAGCAAGUGGCUUGCGUGUGCGAAGUGCUCCAGCAAGGGGGCAACAUCGAGAGGCUGGGCCGCUUCCUCUGGUCGCUGCCGGCUUGCGAGCACCUUCACAAGAACGAGAGCGUCCUGAAGGCCAAGGCCGUGGUAGCUUUCCACCGAGGCAACUUCCGCGAGCUCUACAAGAUCCUGGAGAGCCACCAGUUCUCGGCGCACAACCACCCCAAGCUGCAGCAGCUGUGGCUCAAGGCGCACUACAUCGAGGCCGAGAAGCUGCGGGGGCGACCCCUAGGGGCAGUCGGCAAGUACCGGGUCCGCCGCAAGUUCCCCUUGCCCCGCUCGAUCUGGGAUGGCGAGGAGACCAGCUAUUGCUUCAAGGAGAAGAGCCGGAGCGUCCUGCGGGAAUGGUACGCCCACAACCCAUACCCGUCCCCCAGGGAGAAGCGGGAACUGGCCGAGGCCACCGGGCUCACCACCACCCAAGUCAGCAACUGGUUCAAAAACCGGAGGCAGCGGGACCGGGCGGCGGAGGCCAAAGAAAGGUAUGAGGAAAACAAUGAAAAUUCCAGUUCCAAUGGCCACAAUCCGCUUUCCUCCUCCCUCAACGGCAAUAAGACAGUUUUGGGCAGUUCCGAAGAUGAGAAAACGCCCUCCGGCACCCCGGAUCAUUCCUCCUCCAGCCCUGCCUUACUUCUCAAUUCAAACCCAGGCUUACAACCUCUCCACAGCUUGGGCCAUCCUCAGGGUCCUAGCGCCAUUCCAGUUCCCAGCGCGGACCCUCUGCAUCAUCACAGUUUGCAAGACUCCAUCCUCAACUCCAUGUCUUCAAAUCUGGUCGAUCUGGGCUCUUAAAAAUAUUUGCUGAACCUACCAUGCUCCCUGAACCCAGGCUCUCUUCAUCUGGGUUGUCCUCUUCUUCUUCUUUUUCCCCACUUAAUUCCUCUGUUCCACAAACCAAGGAUCUGAAACCUUACAAGGAUCUAUAAAAAAUGAUCCAUUGUUUCACUUUGGAUCAAUUGCCGAGCAGCUGACUGUUACUUUAUCUGGAGCAUACUGUAAAUUCAGAGACAUUGUAAGCUGCCCAAUGACUUAAAUCUUAAGAGGAUGUGGUGAAACUCACUGCAGAAAAGUGGAGGACAUUACUGUAGGAAGAAGGAAGGGAGGGAGGAUGGGGUGGAGGUUGGUGUAAAAGCUGUUGCUUUGACAGAAUGAAGGCCGGGAGUCUCAGCCCACACAGCCUCUUGCACAAGAUCCAACCCACCUUUGGAUUUCAACUUCUUAACAUGCCUCUGUAAAUGUGCCUCAACCUGAUCUGCAGGGAUCAAUUCAUGAAGCUGUUGAGAACUGAAGAGCUGAGGCCAAAGCUCCAUCAAUUCCAACAGGAUAUUGGGAACCCUAACCCCUAUGAUUGCCCCCACCACCAACUGGCAUCCCAUGCUAUACUACUUCUAAAUCUGAAGGCUUUAGUAACUGGGCAACACAGAUAGUUUUAUCUGCCGUAAAUUUGUCAAAUCUUAAAUCCAUUUUUAUUUUAUUUUUUUGCUUGUGGCAGCAAUCACUUGCCCAUGUAAUCGCAGAAAUGUUAAUGAAAGACUCUUGUCUAAGGCAGAUCUGGCUCUUCAGAUUGUUGCUUCUUCCCAGCCAGGAUGAGUGCAGGCUGCUGAGAAUUCUAGUUCAAUGACCUCUGGAGGGAGGCCAUGGAAAGGCCACGUGCUACUUUCAUCAGAUGCAGAGGCUGAUUGACGGGUUGAUGGUUCCAUCAGGCUUACAGCGUACUGCAGCUGGAAAUAAGGAAACCUUGCGACUCUUUUGCAAAGAAUGGGAUUAUUUGCUUACUUCCAGGAUCAGAGUGAUAGGGCAACAUUUUGUUUUCAUCCUAGAGCCAAUCUUUCCUUUUUGGAGAAUUCAUCUAGCUUGUGAACAGCAGUUUAUGAAAUACUUUUUCUUCUAAGGCAGAAUCAAAAGGCCUGGUAGAGAAAAGGGGAGAGUAUAACAUGGUGUAGUGGUUAGAGUAGAGGACUAAGACACUUGGAGAGUCAAGUUCAGAUCCUCACUCAGGCAUGAAGCACACUGGAUAACUUUGGGCCAGCCAUGCUCUCUUAGCCAGCCUACUUCACAAGGUUGUUGUCAGGAUAACAUUGGAGGGGGAGUAUCCUGUAUGCUUCCUUGAGUGUUUUUUUUUUUGGGGGGGGGGAAGUGAGAUAUAAACAAUAUAAAUAAGAAGCCACACCUCUUAACUUAUUUGAAGAGAAAAAACAUUUGUGAUCAUUGUACUAUAUGCCAAUGCUAGCUGUUCAAACGCUGUAGUACCACCAGCUUGUAAAAAGCUCCUGGCUUCUAAGCAUGACCUCCUCCAGAUAAUACUAUCUCCCUUGUAGCUGAUGCUAUAAUCAGGGGUGUCAAACUGCCGGCCGGUGGGCCGGUUGCAUCAUGCGGAGGCCGCACCCACCCCAGCUCCGGCAAUGUAAAAAAAAAGUCACGACACGUCGCGACACAUCACGUGACGUGGCGAGUUUGACACCCGUGCUAUACAUGAACCUUGAUUGAAGGGAAGAGGAAAAUGGGCUUCUUUUGCCUUGUGUAUUUCCCUACCGCUACCCACCCAAACAUUUAGGUGGGGAGGACAAGGCAACAUCCACAAAUCACUUAAGCCAGAUAUCUUGCCUCCACCUGAUCCAGUAGCUACAAAGGUGAGCUGCUUGACACUGCAAACAUCUUCCGUCUCAGUUCUUUCAUCUGCAAAAUGGGAACAAAGGCGAGUUUCCCAGGAGGUUCCUGGUGAGGCACUGGACAGCGUUUUGCACAUUUUAACUUUGAGACAGCCUCUACCGCUCGUUAUUAUUUUUAAUACUCAUACUAAUAGUGUUUCCCCUUGAAGCUUUGGGGCCAACCUAAGUCAAGGUGCUUCAUUAUCCAGUCUUAGGCGAGCCCUGGAUUUCCUCCUGGGUUUAGCCCACGCAGACACCAGGACACCCCUUCAAACCAAGCAAGGCGAACAGCGAGCCUGAUGACAGCCGUCUCUCCAGGGCUCUAGAAGCCGCCGCUGCCGCCGCUCUCACUCCCCCCACGCCCCCCCACCCCCCCAAAAAGGCAAGGACGGUUCCCUAGCCAGCCAGGCUCCCUACAAUUUUGUGUAUUGUUUCUAUCCUGUGAAAACCGCCUUUGGAAAGAUAUUUCUGCUUCUAUUUUAUAAUAAAAUCGAGACAUCCAGCAUAAUAAUGCGAGAAGUGAAGGCUUUCGUGUUUAGCCGGCUACCGGCUCUCUGGGUUGUUUUUAAGAUUUUCUCAGUGCUUAAAACAAGUCAAUAACAAAUUGACAAAUCGCUCUGGGCAGCGUAGCCGGGCAGGGCUCUGGGGAAAGAUGGUCUCAAGAAGUAGCGAAACACAACCAGAGCUGUGCGCUGGGUGUGGCAAAAUCGCCCGCGUUUCCGCACCUCAAAAAACAACUUCGACCACGCUGCCUUUUUUGACCACUCCCUGCUCGCUUUCCUGACAGCGGUAGCAACCUUCAGUGGCCGGGCCAUCUUUCCCAGAAUUUCUUCAAGGAAAAUGAAAGAUUCCCGAGGAAACGGACCCGCAUCAUUUAGGAAGCGGAAGUUUCCCCAAAUGGGACGGAAAGAGGCUUGGCUCUUUUUCCUGGGUUGCCUCGGGUCGCUGCAUAACCAUUUUAUUGAAACUCUUCGCAAUCCACUGAUCGCCAGAUCUGCUUCCAAAUUGCAAAGCAGUUGGUUAUUUCUCUCGUCUCUACUCCCUUCUGUGCUCACUACGUUUUUUUUUUUCAGAUCCCGGUUUUAAUGCUCAGGGUCCUAGUCCUCUUUGAGGGGGGGGAAGGUGAACUUUAUUUCUCUCCCCCACCCCAUCCCAACCCAAAAAAACACAAUUUGAAAACGAUGGUGACAAGUGUAGAGAAAGAGAGGAGAAAAUGGGUCUGAAGAUGUAAAUUCCAAUGUUGGGGAAAAAAACCAGUGAGAAAUAUUUGAAGCACACAGAAAGGAGGUGGGGAGAGAAUGGAAAAAAGGGUAUCAGGGCCCAGAGAACUGACCAAUUUAGGUAGUAAAAGGUUCCAUGUUUGCUCCUGCUAAGUUGGAUACUGGAGUCCAGAAACCAGCCCAGAGUUAAAUGAAAAGUAUCUUCUUCAAGACCCAAUGAUUUCAUGGAACCAUCUGUGAUGUUUACUACACAACAAUUCAAAAAUAAUUCAUAACUUUAUUUUUCCAGGCCAUUUUCUCCACUUUAGUUCUCCCACCUAGACCAUCCCCAAGAUUCCCUGGUGAUUUCUAUCCACGUUACAAGCCAGUUUGGUGUAAGGUGCUGGCCUAAAAACCAGGAAUGAGUUGGGUAAUUUUGGUCCAGUCAUUCUCUCUCAGCUCAACCCACCUCACAGGGUUGUUGUGGGGAAAGCAGGAGAGAAAGGAGUGUGAUGUAUGUUUGCUGCCUUGAGUUACUUAUAAAGUAAUAAAGGCAGGAUAAAAAUCUAAUAAAUAAUAAAUAAAUACUAACCAAA